CCGCCAGCGACACAGGAUGGCAGCGCGAUCAGCAGGAGUAUCUAACUGGACAUGCGGACGGACUUAAAUCUAUUACAUUUCUGACUGCUGUGUGAGGUGUCACCAUGCCUCUGGUGAAGAGGAAUAUCGACCCGCGCCACCUGUGCCGGGGGGAGUUGCCAGAGGGCAUCGGCAGUGAGCUGGAGUGUGUGAUGAACAACACCCUCUCCUCCAUCAUCCGCCAGCUCAGCAGCCUGAGUAAACAUGCAGAGGACAUAUUUGGGGAGUUGUUCAACGAGGCCAACACGUUCUACCUGAGAGCCAACUCCCUGCAGGACCGCAUCGACCGUCUGGCUGUCAAAGUCACCCAGCUGGACUCCACUGUGGAGGAAGUCUCUCUGCAGGACAUCAACAUGAAGAAGGCGUUUAAGAGCAGUACUGCCCAGGACCAGCAGGUGGUAUCCACAAGGAGCGUUCCCAUCCCUGUUAAGGAGAUGUACAACCUGAGUGACAAACCUCCACCCCUCAACAUCCUCUCCAAAUAUAGGGAUGACCACAAGGAGGGGCUGAAGUUCUACACUGACCCCUCCUACUUCUUCGACCUGUGGAGAGAAACGAUGCUGCAGGACACGGAGGACAAGAGGAAAGAGAAGAGGAAGAACAAAGAGCAGAAGCGUUGUGUGGACGGGACGUUGCAGAGGGAGGUGAAGAAGGUGCGUAAGGCUCGGAACCGUCGUCAGGAGUGGAAUAUGUUAGCCCUAGAUAAGGAGCUGAGGCCUGACCACCGCCACACACACUCCCUCCACCAGGGGGCCACCUCCGAGGGAUCACUGUCCCCUGAGAUGAGGGGUCUUGGGCCUGACCACCACCAACGCCACUACCCUAACUCAACCAACCAUGCUAGUCACGCCUACACAUACUCCGGCCCACCCCCGAGUCUCCUGGCUGCUCAGCUGGCUGCCCAGGGACAUGCCACUCUGGACAAGGACUAUAGGGGAGCAACCGUGGCCUACAGGGGAGGCACCCUGGGUCGCCCCCACAAUGCUCCACCCCCUCCCCCACCCACUGAGAACUUGAACGGAUCUCUGCCACCUGUGGACUACAGUAUGAUGGAGGGAUAUGGAAACGGCCCUCCUCCCACUCCUCUCAUGCCAUCGGCACAAUCUGCCUUUGCCAUGCCCCCCGGAGGCCCACUUCCUCCUCCAGGACCAAUGGUAUCAGCCGGUGGCUAUGACCCGGCCCCACCAGCACUCGCUGGGUCCCUGGUGGCUCCACCUCCCCCGAUGCCUCCGCCCCCUCCUCCAGGCUCUUCCUACUCUACCACUCUCAAGAUGUCCUCCAUGCCCCACAACGGCCAGCCUGUUAAUGAUGCUCGUAGUGAUCUGCUUGCUGCCAUACGCAUGGGUAUCCAGUUGAAGAAGGGUCAGGAGCAGCAGGAUCAGCAGGCUAAGAGGGAGCCUGUAGGGAACGACGUGGCCACCAUCCUGUCCAGACGCAUCGCCGUUGAGUACUCUGACUCCGAGGAUGACUCAGAGCUGGAGGAGAACGACUGGUCCGACUAACACACACACACACACACACACACACACACACACACACACACACACACACUCACUCACUCAAAAGCUGAAAAGCAUAUACACAUGUGCACGUUCACAUCCACAAUCUAAGAACCACUAAAAGGUAUGUGUACCAACACAUAAACGUAAACAAACACUCACAUACACAGACUCAUACACUCCCACGUGUAGUAGGUAUAUUUAUACAGUAUAUAAGCUGGGUGACCCUUGGUCACACGUAGCACUGCUGGGAGAUCAGACUCCUGCAUCAGCCGCUGAAGGAUUCAGAACUGGAACACUAGGGGUGUAUUCAAGAUCCAUACUGUCAUGUUCAGCUGCUAUACAGACACUAACUGCAACCGAACGUUCAAUUCAAUACUAUUACCGUUAACAUUUAAGAACGCUCAUGCAACGCUCAGGGCAUCUUGAAUACACCCCAGGAGACCACAGUGUCUCUGUAUAAUAUGUUAACCAUAAUAACACUAGUGAAGCCCUGUAUGUGGCACCGCAGGAAUGGGGACUCAUCUCAUGUAUAGUAACUAUCUUAAGGGCGUCACUUGGAGAAAUAGCAACCUCCCCUUCUACUUCUCUUUUCUAAUGUUUUUACUGAAACACUUAUUAAUAGUUCAUCUGGGAUGAGACAAGUUUUUAAUGUGUAGAUUAUAGCAACUGGAGGAAGAGAAGUCAGAGUGGUCAGUGUGGACUGCGGUGGUCAUGGUAGCGUUCAGAAGGAACAAAUAGGAGAAAACAUUUUUCAAAGCGUUUCCCAACUGUGUUCCUUCUGAACAAUACAGGUGUGUGAGGGAGUGACCUGAGAGUGAGGCUGUAUUCCAUCAACCACACUAACACACCACUUGGAAGGAAACAAUGUAGACCACAUAUAUAUAGAGAGGUAGGCCGAUGCGGUUGAACGUUCAAAGAGCGCCACUUUCUCCUCGCUAAGUGAUAGUUAACGCUUCCGCGUUGUGCUGUUUAUUGCUGAUAGUUUUCUAAACUUAUGAAGAUGUCCAGUGAAAGCAGAUGUGAAAUUUGUUAACACUAUAACACAGUAAAGAAUUGGAUACACAUUAUCCCGAAUGCCAAUUCAAUACAAAUGUCUGUUAAAUUUACUGCUCUGUUUUGCUUGAUUACAGCGGAUCUUUUCAUAGGGUACUGUCGGAGGACCUCUUGUAUUGUUCCAUCACCAACAUUUCAAUAAUAAAGUUCUAUAUGGGCGCUAACAUGAUGGCCGUUCUAAAACCUGGCCUAACUCUCUAUAUAUAUGACUCUGAUGUAGAGUAUUGACUGUGCAUCCUCCAAAGUGGUACUAAAGUAUGGAUAUUGGAACCUAACUGGAGUGUGUGUCGCAAGAGUGUCUGAUUGGAGAUCAGAGAGGUCUGAGUGAAAGGGGAAGGAUGAAAGGAAGUUUAAUGAAUAACAUCUGAGUGAUGUCUAGCAGAGAAAAGGAAGAUGAAGAAUAGAUUGGAUUGGGUUUAGGGUUGUCAUGGUUAUUUUUUGUAAAAUCUGUAACCUUUGAACUCUAUGACCCUGAGAAUAAAUACAAAUAUGAAAAUGGA